AUGCAAUCCGUCAUAACAUCAUCAUUUGUUGGUGUAUUUUUUCCACACUCAAUGGAGUUAGAUAACACAAGCGAAAACAUGUAUUUUUUACUAUUUGAGCCUUAUACUGCUAAUUAUAGCGUAAAAGUAAUUGCCAGUAUGAAAUUAGUUAAAGACAUGAUUCAAGGGUACGAUAACGAGUGGACUAUUGCUUCAAGAAGUGAAAGAAAAUCUCCAUUAAUUUUACUUGCUACCGGUGUUAUGAGCCAACAACCUGCCGCGAGAGCUUUCUUGGGAAGAAUUGUUGAAGAGAAAUUUCAUAUGCAGGCACUUGAUUUAACAAUUAUACCAGCGAUCCCGCUUGUUCCCGAAAGAUUAAAAGAAAUGGUCCAUCCUGAGUUAGCGCCUAUUAAUUUAGGAGAUGGUGUAAAAGAAGGAUAUUUUUAUGUAAAUCUAUCAACGAGCCAGGAUUUUACAAAUGGCCCUGAAUUUUAUGACAACGCUGCUAACGAUGACGAGCUUGGUGAAUAUGAGAGGGAAAUUUUAGAGGGCGCCCAGAGAAGAAACCAAAAAGCUCGCGGUGAUGAUAUCCAAACUCAUAAUCCUUAUUACACUGAUGAAGAUGAGCCAUACGCACCUCCUGAUAAUUUUUUUUAUACCAGACGUAUGUCUGACUCUAGUGCAGAAGAGCAUACGGAGAACCAAAGCCGCGAAAAUAUGGCUGAAGAGUUUUUGAGAAACAUGCAGGAAAACGCAAACCGUACUAGGGGUUAUAAAAACUAUAAUUUCGCAAACACGUCUGGAGGUGACAUUGAAAACAGUGAGCUUGAAGAGACAAUUAUGCAAAGUAGGACAAAUCUACCGAGUAACCCUGCAAGCCAUGCUGGUACCACCCAAGAUGCAGUAAGAACCAGUAAUACUAUCCAACAAUCAAAUACACCACAAAGUCACGAUCCCAUGGAAGGAAGUAGCAGAAGCGCUAUGGCUGACUUUGCGUACACUAGAAAUAAUUCAUUUGCAUCGGAUUUUUAUGCUGCUGGUUCUGAUUUUCCUUCAGAUAACGAUUUUAGAAAUUUAUCCAAUCCGAUUGUUGAAGGUUAG